CAAAAAGAAAAGAAAACGCUUCUGGGUGCUCAGGCUCCACUACUGGAUUUUGACAGGGAUCAGGAGAGAGCUGCCAGGAGUGACCGAGCCCAGGAUCGUGCACGUCCUUGAAGAAUGCGUUCCAGAAGCAGCAAAGCUGAGGGCUCAGCCCCAAAGCAAAUCCCAAGACAUAGCAAAUUCCAGGACAGUAUCCAGGACAUGAAGCACAGAGCACAAAAAAAAGACUCCUCCAGCGAGUCAGAAGGGGCCCUUCUACGUCCCGUGUCAGAGGGGUCACACACUGGCAAAGGACACCAAACAGAAGACCUCUCAAGAGAUGACUUACUAUUUCUCCUCAGCAUUCUGGAGGGAGAACUGCAGGCUCGAGAUGAAGUCAUAGGCAUUUUAAGGGCUGAAAAAAUAGACCUGGCUUUGCUGGAAGCUCAGUAUGGGUUUGUCACUCCAAAAAAGGUGCUGGAGGCUCUCCAGAGAGAUGCUUUUCAAGCAAAGUCUGCCCCAUGGCAGGAGGACAUCUAUGAGAAACCAAUGAAUGAGUUGGAUAAAGUCGUAGAGAAGCAUAAAGAGUCUCACAGGCGGAUCUUGGAACAACUCUUGAUGGUAGAAAAAUCCCACCGGCAAACCAUAAUGGAGAUGGAGGAAGAAAAGAGAAAACACAAAGAAUAUAUGGAGAAGAAUGAUGAAUUCAUAAACUUGUUGGAACAGGAAUGUGAGAGAUUAAAGAAACUAAUUGAUCAAGAAACUGAGUCCCAGGAAAAGAAGGAGCAAGAAAAAGAGAAGAGGAUCAAGGCCCUGAAAGAGGAGCUGACCAAGCUGAAGUCUUUUGCUUUAAUGGUGGUGGAUGAACAACAAAGACUUACAGCUCAACUCUCCCUUCAAAGACAGAAAAUCCAAGAUCUGACCACAAGUGCAAAGGAAACACAGGGUAAACUAGCCCUUGCUGAAGCCAGAGCUCAAGAAGAAGAGCAGAAGGCAACUAGACUAGAAAAAGAACUGCAAACACAGACCACAGAGUUUCACCAAACCCAAGACGAAAUUAUGGCGAAGCUCACCAACGAGGACAGUCAAAAUCGCCAGCUCCGACAGAAGCUGGCAGCACUCAGCCGGCAAAUUGAUGAGUUAGAAGAGACCAACAGGUCUUUAAGAAAAGCCGAAGAAGAGCUGCAGGAUAUAAAAGACAAAAUAAACAAGGGAGAAUAUGGAAAUUCUGGCAUCAUGGAUGAAGUGGAUGAGCUCCGGAAGCGUGUGCUGGAUAUGGAGGGGAAAGAUGAAGAGCUCAUAAAAAUGGAGGAACAGUGCAGAGACCUCAAUAAGAGGCUUGAGAAAGAGACAGUACAGAGUAAAGACUUCAAGCUAGAGGUUGACAAACUUAGUUUAAGGAUCACGGCUCUGGAAAAAUUAGAAGAUGCUUUAGACAAAAGUAAACAAGAAUGCUACUCUCUGAAAUGCAAUUUAGAAAAAGAAAAGAUGACCACAAAGCAGUUGUCUGAAGAGCUGGAGAGUUUAAAUGCCAGAAUCAAAGAGCUGGAGGCCAUCGAGAAUCGGCUAGAAAAGACAGAAAUCACACUAAAGGAUGAUUUAACUAAACUGAAAACAUUAACUGUAAUGCUUGUAGAUGAACGCAAAACAAUGAGUGAAAAAUUAAAGCAAACAGAAGAUAAGUUACAAACCACUGCCUCUCAGCUCCAAGCGGAGCAAAAUAAAGUAACAACAGUGACUGAGAAGUUAAUUGAGGAAACCAAGAGGGCACUCAAGUCCAAAACUGAUGCAGAAGAAAAGAUGUACACUGUAACCAAGGAGAGAGAUGACCUCAGAAAUAAACUAAAAGCAGAAGAAGAGAAAGGACAUGAUCUUUUGUCAAAAGUUACUAUACUGAAAAACAGGCUUCAGUCCCUGGAAGCAACUGACAAAGAUUUUGUAAAAAACAAAUUAAACCAAGACUCCAGUAAGUCCACAGCAGCAUUACACCAAGAAAACAAUAAGAUUAAAGAGCUCUCUCAAGAAGUGGAAAAGCUGAAACUGAAGCUAAAAGAUAUGAAAGCCAUUGAGGAUGACCUCAUGAAAACAGAGGAUGAGUACGAGACCUUAGAACGGAGGUAUGCUAGCGAGAGAGACAAGGCUCAGUUUCUGUCUCAAGAGCUGGAACAUGCUAAAAUGGAACUUGCCAAGUACAAGUUAGCUGAAAAGACAGAGUCCAGCCAUGAGCAGUGGCUUUUCAGGAGGCUCCAGGAAGAAGAGGCAAAAUCAGGCCAUCUGUCCAGAGAAGUGGAUGCAUUAAAAGAGAAAAUUCAUGAGUAUAUGGCCACAGAGGACCUAAUAUGUCACCUCCAGGGAGACCACUCCGUUCUGCAAAAGAAACUAAACCAACAAGAAAACAGGAAUAGAGAUUUGGGAAGAGAGAUUGAAAACCUCACUAAAGAGUUAGAAAGAUAUCGGCAUUUUAGUAAGAGCCUCCGGCCUAGUCUCAAUGGAAGAAGAAUCUCUGACCCGCAAGUAUUUUCUAAAGAAGUUCAAACGGAAGCAGCAGACAGUGAGCCACCAGAUUAUAAGAGCCUCAUUCCUUUGGAAAGAGCAGUGAUCAAUGGUCAGUUCUAUGAGGAGUCUGAGGACCAGGAUGACGACCCUAAUGAGGAGGAGUCUGUGCUGUCCUUCAGAUGCAGCCAGUCUUCUUCUCUUCCUAUGAACAGGAAACUGUGGAUUCCUUGGAUGAAAUCCAAGGAGGGCCAUCCUCAGAAUGGAAAAAUACAAACUAAGUCUAAUGGCAACUUUGUGCAACCUGGAGAUCUAGUUCUAAGUCACACACCUGGGCAGCCACUUCACAUAAAGGUUACUCCAGACCACACUCAAAAUACAGCCACUCUUGAAAUCACAAGUCCAACCACAGAGAGUCCUCACUCUUACACCAGUACAGCAGUGAUACCAAACUGUGGAACCCCAAAGCAAAGGAUUACCAUUCUCCAGAACGCCUCUAUAACACCAGUUAAGUCCAAAAGCUCUACGGAAAGCCUUAUGAACUUAGAGCAAAGCAUGCCCCCAGUUACCAUGGCGACCCUUGCCAGAGCACAGACCCCAGAGUCCUGUGGUUCUGUGACUCCAGAACGGACAAUGUCACCUAUUCAGGUCUUGGCUAUGACUGGUUCACCUAGUUCUCCUGAGCAAGGCUGCUCCCCAGAGCCGAUAGAAAUCAGCGCCAAGCAUGCAAUUUUCAGAGUCUCCCCAGACCGGCAGUCAUCAUGGCAGUUUCAACGUUCAAACAGUAACAGCUCAAGUGUGAUAACUACUGAGGAUAAUAAAAUCCACAUUCACUUAGGAAGUCCUUACAUGCAAGCUGUGGCUGGCCCCAUGAGACCGGCCAGCCCUUCAGCACCACUGCAGGAUAACAGAACUCAAGGCUUAACUAAUGGGGCACUAAACAAAACCACCAAUAAAGUCACCAGCAGUAUUACUAUCACACCAACAGCCACACCUCUGCCUCGACAGUCACAAAUUACAAUCAAGGGAGUAUGCAAGCAGAGAAUUCCAACAAGGAUCCCUAAACCCAAAGCUACAGACUUCAGUAGACUUUCCACCAAAACACCCUUGGGACCUGUGGAUAAGUCUAGUCAUCAAAAUGACUGCGAGAAAUUACACAUCAUAAGAACUGUCACCUCUAACACUUUCCUCCACAUAAAAGGGAAAAGGUAAGUAAACCUACAUAGUCUCUAGGAAGAUUCAUCUCCAGAAAUAGAUGGUAAGCUCCAAUCACCACCAUGGAAGGCCAGAGAAGAAUAGCCAUCUGCCAAGGAGAUAGCGAAGCAGCAAGCUAUCCUAGGGCUCACAGGUUGACGGACCUGGUAAAAGGCAUGCUCAAAGGAACAGCACAUAUACAAUUUUCAACUCUGCGUGAACAUAUAUACACACUAGAUCACUCCUGCAAGCCACUCGAGUCCCCAUGACACGAGUUUAACCUAACUCAAGGCUGGACUGUAGCAUCAGCCGAAGACAAGACUGGACUCUACUACAGCUCAAGAGCUUUGUGGGAGAAAGAAGUGAUCCUUCAUUCUAUAGAACUUUACCACAUAAUCACACUGCCUAAGAAAAUGUACUAGCAAGAAUUUCUAACUUACUUCAUGAAAGUAGAAUGAGUUCCACCAAUAUGGCAUUAACAAUUAAAAUCAAAGUUUAAGGUCUAAAAACCAUCAUUUCUGUAUGACUAUAAGAAAGAAAUGAAAUUCUUAGCUAUAAGCAGGAAGAAACAACAAAAUCAGUAAUAACUGAUUAUGUGCUUGGUAUGGCCUACCCAAUAACCAUUGAUGUGUGCAUACUUGACUGCUAGCAUUUAGUCCCCUCUCCUAUUUCUGUAAAAAGAUGAAGUCAUGGAAUCAUAUUGCUUGGAUGUAAGAAAAGUCUCUAGAUUAGCAUUGUGGCUUUCUAUAGUAGUCAGAGCAUAGGAGAACCAAUGGUCACUACUACUAAGACUUUGGAGGAAAAUAUAAAUCAUUGUUCUGGGUACUUAAAAAAAAAAGAGCAAUAAGUUAUCAUCUCAUAUGGCAUCUUUACUCACAUUCCUUCCCUCAAUGUUAUACAAAAAAUUUAGUAGCUUCAACAAAAGCUUUAGACCAGAAGCCCAGGAGGAUGACAGUAACAGAAUACUGCAUUCAGUCACCACAGGAUGCAUACAGAACCUUGGCAUAACAUAUAGUCACUUUUUUAUCUCACUCAAAGUUGUGUCACUGAGUCAAGAGAAAGGAGUCAGUGUGGACACAGCGGCACAAUGACAGUUUUAAAAUGAGACAUUUUUGACUAAGCACAUUUCACAACUUCACAAAUCCUCAGGGUUUGAGGGGUGUCAAUGAUUUCUUUGACUCAUGACUGAACACUAGAGGCAUGGGCCUGGAAGAAAUCCUGCUGGUUGAGCACUACACUUCAGCUAGCAUUCUAAAAUGAACCCCCGAGCAGAAGCAAAGGAACUGACAUUCUCUAUACCCAGCUAAUCUGUUUCAAUGCCUACAUUGGUGCCAGUAUAUAACACCCCAGGGGCCAUUUAAAAAGAAGAGGGAUGGAGAGAGGGAGAGGAGGAGGUUGGGCAGCACUGCUAUACAAGCUAAGGAGGAAUGGUGCACGGCAUCAGACAAGUAGCAGAGGGAGACUGUGGGAGGACCAAAAAGUUAUGGGAGGAAAAGAGAAAAGUCAAGGUUAAAAGAAAGCAGGAAGUGAAUAAAGAGACUACUACAAAUGAAGGUGAAGAAGCUCUGACACCAAAAGCAAGACACAUGCGCAGCAGCAUGCCUGGGAUAGUACAUCUCAAGCAAAUUCGGGAUGAACAAAGAGCUAGAGAAAGGUGAUUCAAUCAAGACACAGGUGAAAAGACAGCAGUGAAGUAAGGUAGGGAAGGGGAAAAAUGGUUAUGCCUGGGUACCAUUCAUUAUGCUAAUGAAAGAUAAAAUAUUGGAAUCCCUAGAGUGAAAAUCAAAGAGAUCAGAAGGAAGCAUAAAACAAGCUGGGCAUGUGUCUAUAAUCCUCUUACUCUCAAACGGAGGCAGGAGGAUCAUGAGUGUGAGGCCAGUCUCUCCAGAACCUACACUAAAAAACAGGUCUGAGGCUACAGCUUUGGUAGAGAAAGAACAUUUGCCUAGCAUUGACAAGGCCACGGGUUCAAUUCCCAGAAACAUACACACACACACACACACACACACACCAUGAAAUAGUAAACUGGAGAGGUAGUUUAACAGUUAAAGAGCACUGGUUAUUCUUCCGGAGGAUUCCCAGCACCCACGUGGCAGCUCAUAACCAUCUGUAACUCCAGUUCCAGGAUACUCUGACACCCUCUUCAGCCUCCAUGGGCAAUGCACACAUGAUGAACAAAUAUACAGGCAAAACAUCCAUACACAUAAAAACAAUAUAGACUACAAUUUUUUAAAAAAAAUUAACAUAUACCAUACUAUGCUAUAUGUUAAAAUAUUAACAUAUUUUAUACUACCAAUAGUAUAAAAAAAAAAGUACCCAGGAAAGUUUUACCUUGAAAAGUAACACAAAGUACAUUGUACAUUGAAGUUUUGAACAUUUUCUACCAUGCCGGAAUACUCCAAAAUAAGUUUUAUGUCAAGAUGACAUGAGCAAGUUAAAAAAAACAAAAAAAAAACAAAAAACAAAAGGACACAAUACUGUUUUUGUGUGUUGUGUAAAGAUUAUCCUGUGUUACUUAAAUGAUACCUUCUCUGCCUUCAUGCCCUUUCAAUUUGCACACAGCAUUGUAAUGCUUAUCUCAAAAGUUUACUGUCUCAACUUUGUGUUGACAAUGCUUACCAUUUAUGCUCUUCCUUGUCAAUAAAAGCUGCUCAGCCAGAAGAGAAAAUAAGACGGGACUUCCGCCAGCCAGGGGAGGAGGAGAAAAAGAAGAUAAAACAGAUUGAGCCAGGAGAAGGGCAAGAGGAUAGAUUAUAGGAAAAUACAUCUAAAGCCAGACCAGUACUAAAAUGCAAGUAUCUCAAGGCUUUUUGGCAGGGAGGUAGCCAGAUUAGCUUAGAAGAUUAAAAUAGAUUAAUGACUGCCCAGGUACUGCAGUAAAGCCUGAUUAAAUAAAUCUUGGUCUCUUUGUGUCAUUAUUGGGAAACUAUUUAGACUAAAGAAAAACAUCUGCUAUAUUGUUGCAUGUAUUUAUAUUUACAUUAAUUGUUACACUAAAAUAAUUAUGGACAUUUCUAUGAUCACCAGCACAAACUCACUUUCAAAUAGUAAUCAAGUUCUCUCAUUAAGACAAGUCUUAUAAAAUGUUCCAUUUUAACAAAAGAAUUACCAAUUACAGCACAGGCUCACUCCAAGACAAAUCUUGGGCAUAACACACAAUGCAACUAAGAACUGAGCAUGACUUGGAUUUCAACAACAUAGUGUUUGACAUACAAAGCAACUGAAACAGAAUCCUGCCACCCCAGCACUGCCACUUCUGAAGAAAUUUGGCCAUUUUGAUGGGUUAAAAAACAAUGAGAAAUAGAAGGAGCUACCCUAUGUGAAAGUGGGAGGGCAGCUCACUGAGAAGAAUGUGUUUUAACAGGAGUGGAAGGGAGUUGAGAUGGCAAUGUAACGAGGGUGAAGUGGACAUGGACAAAGCACACCAUAUACACAUGUGAAAUGGUCAGAAUUAAAAAAAAAGAAAGAAAGAAAGAAAAAAAAAAAAGAAAUGGUCAGAAUUUUUUAAAUCCUAAAUGGAGACUGUUCUAAAACUCUAGAGUAACCGUAAUUAAAUUUUAAGAAAUAGAUAAAAUUCCCAGUGAAUGGAAAUAAUGAAACUCCUAAAAACUGACAAUUUUAUGUUAGAGUCCUACUUGUUCUGUUUAUUCAGCUCUGGUGACUUCUGUAAUACUUCUCUUAACUUUUUGAAAUCAUAUUAUCUGAUUUUAACUGGAAUGUAAUUGGUCUAGUAUCUAAGAGAACUGUGGACCAAAUACUUGGGUAACUAAUAAAAAACAGUUUUCUCUGAGUUAUAUUUCAAACUCCUUCCAAAGAAACAUAUAGCUGAAGGCCUGCAUUUGAGUGGGGCAGCAUCUGCAAGUUAAAUAGGCCAGAGUUUGGCCUAAUAGCUCAUCUUACUUGACAAGCAGGUUAAGAAUAAUUGUGAUGGGCUGGAGAGAUAGCUCAGCGGUUAAGAGCACUGACUGCUCUUCCAGAGGUCCUUAGUUCAAUUCCCAGCACCACAUGGUGGCUCACAACCAUCUGUAAUGGGUAUCUGAUGCCCUACUCUGGUAUAUCUGAAAACAGCUACAGUGUACUCAUAUAAAAAAAUAUAUAUUUAAAAAAAAUUGUGAUAACUAUAUAUGUUGAUAGAAAUGAAAAUAAAACUAUUUUGGCAAGAAAACUACAUAAAACUCACAAAGUUGCAUUCAUAUAUACAUAGAGCAUAGUUACAUUCAUUUGUUUAUAUAUUGAUUGUCUAUAUCAACUUCUACACUAAAAUUUCAAAGCUGAGUAGUUAAAACGUGACAAUUGGAUCUGUAAAGCUUUAGUACUAAUAGGAGUAGAGUCCUAUUGAGUAAAUAAAAACAUACAAGGAAAGAGGGCUGCUAAGCACUGGGCAGUAUGAACUACACGAGCAAGGAACUCAGGAACAAGACGGUUAACCACACUACCAUCACCUAAUUUCUCAAAGAAACACUUGCAGCUCAAGAAUUCAGUCUAGCAUUCUAUAAAAGCUGAUGAAAAUGAGAAACUACAUUUCAAGAUGUUUGUAAAAUGUUUAGAAAUUGUAUAACAUCUAAGUACUCAAUGACAGAUUGUUAGAUCAUCAACAGGUCAAAGGUGGGGUAAGGUGCUCCAUGACUAUAAUCCCAGCAAUGGGCAAG